AUCUCUACUGUGUUUCCCACAGGAUGGGCACAUUUGUGACCCUGACAGAAGUGUUGGAGGUCCGGGGUUCUCCGCUGGAGGAGGAUGAGCUAUGGUGUCUUCUGCUCGCCGCCACCGAUGCCUUACUGGAUAUUUUCAAAAAGGGUCCAGGAAACAUGUGCAGUGUGUUGAGCCCAGGAUCUGUGCUUCUGUCAGCCAAUGGAAAUCUUGCCUUUAAGAGCUGUGCAAGAUAUGAAGACGUGGCCUCCUUCACAGCUCCUGAAGUCCAGCAGGGUCACACGGCCUCCUCCAGAGCUGCAGCUGAAAAGAUGGUUGUGUACUCACUGGGGAUGACUCUUUACUGGUGCGCUGACUAUCAUCUACCUCAAAACCAGCCAGUGCAGCUGAGCGCUGAGCUGGAGGGUUUGCUGCUGAGCAUGUGUGAGGAUGUGAUGGUGAGAAGAACUGACCUCCUGACGGUGCUGGAGGCAUGUGAGUUUCACCACAAGACCUCCAUGCUACCACCUACUGAGCGGCUCAUCAGGCAUCUGGUUGAAGAUGUCUUCAGAAACUCAGUCGACCAUGUGUCCGUGGCUAAAAACGGAUCCCAAAUGACAGACCGAAGUCAGAUGGUCAGAGAAAGAUUACACAGGGGGUCUUUCAGCAACUCCACAUGGACGCUAAAAAAGAAGAUCAACAGAACCUUUCCAGGAGUGGCUUAUCCAGCUGAUACUACAGGGAUUUCAUCUGGGGGUCAGCUCAGGGAAAGUUUUACAACGUGGCAACAUCUGAACCACAGCCCCAGUAGUCCGUACCUGGAUGGGAGCCGAAACACCAGCACAAGAUCCUUCCCACAGUUUGAUUCAACAACCAGUCUGAAUGACAAGAAAAUAAAGGACAUGGGUCCUGAGUUCGUUAGAGUUUUAGAUGAGCCUCUAGUUUUUUUGGAGCUACCUGAAUCCAUUCUGCCAAAAAAAGGGAAAUCUCCAACCAAUCACAGAGAGAUUAGUGUGGUGAUGCCAAAUGGACAAAAUAUCCAGGUCAAGUGUGACGUGAAAUCCAGAGGAGGGGACGUUUUUGACAUGAUUGUAGCCCAUUCAAACCUCGUAGAACAUUUCUACUUUGGUCUUGCUUACCUCGAUGAUAAUGAGUUUUUCUUCGUGGACAAUGACACGGAGAUUUCCAAAGUGGCUCCAGAUAGCUGGAAGAAAGUGCCUACAACCACUUUGGUCCUAUUCUUCAGGAUCAAAUUUUUCGUAAAUGACAUUUCUCUUCUUUUGCACAAACAGACCCGCCACCAGUAUUACCUCCAGCUCAGGAGAGACCUUCUAGAUGACAGACUGUCCUGCCAUGAGGAGACAGCUGUGUAUCUGGGAGGCUUGGCCCUGCAGACAGAAUAUGGAGACUGCAUGCCUGAGGUCUAUGGUAGGAACUACUACCGUCCUGAUCAAUAUGUCUCCAAGAGUGUGAUGGAGAAACGUGCCUUACCUUUGAUUCAGGGGGAGCUUCUGCGACUUCAUGCCAAUAAUGCCCAAAUGCUCACGGAUGAAUCUGAGCUAGAGUUCCUAAAGGUGUGUCAGCAGUUGCCUGAAUAUGGCGUCUUGUUCCACCGUGCGGUGCGUGAGAAAAAGCCUUUAGAUGGAGAAAUCAUUCUCGGGGUUUGUGCCAAAGGUGUCAUCGUCUAUGAAGUUAAAGAUGGCUGCAGAUCCACGUUUCAGAACUUCUAUUGGAGAGAGACAGCAACCAUCUCCUCAAAUAGACGAAAGUUUAUAAUUGAGUGCAGAGGCAGCAAGAAGAAGUACACCUUCAUCACAGACAGGUCCAAGAUAGCCAAGUAUUUGUGUAACCUCUGCUCAUCCCAGCACAAGUUUAAUAAUGAGAUGAACUCCCGCCAACUCAGCCACAAUCUGGUCUCAGAGGACAACAUUGUGCAAUAUGCAGCAGUGUGCCGCACUCAGAGCAGCCAGCUCAAGUCCCUCUCACGUUCUGAGACGCCACAAGACGACAGUAGUUUGACUACUCCUCAGGAAGAGCCCUUAACAAAACUGUAUAAAGAUGUUACAGCCAGGAUUGAGGCCCGUGUAAAACAGCACAGCACCUGCUCGAGCAGUCAGCGCAGCAGUGCAAGCAUGCGUUCACCAGCAUGCUCCCAGAAAAGUGGAUCUGAAGCCCAGUCUGGAUCUCCAGCAGCCAGAGAUACGCCUUCUAAAAUGGAGGCAUCAUCAGAAAGGGAAGUCAUAUGUGUUUCCUUGAAGAAAGAUCCAAAGGUUGGCCUUGGUAUAGUGAUUGUCGGAGAGGAUGCAGUAGGACGGUAUGACUUGGGCGUCUUUAUUGCUACCAUUGUUCCUGGUGGGCCUGCUGAUAGGGAUGGACGCAUAAGAACAGGUGGUCGCCUGAUUUCCCUGAAUCACAUUAGCCUGGAGGGCGUCACAUUCAACGAGGCAGCUGAGGUCAUGCAGAACAUCCCUGAGGAGGUGCAGCUCAUCGUCUCACAGCCAAAAGUAUCUGUUAGUCCUAACAGCAUACGCUCUCCUGUGUUGAGGAAAUAUGGUUCCCAAAAGACUCUAAUGUCAGAUGGACGAUCAGGAGAUGACAGCCUUGAUGAGAUCAUCUCAGUCAUGAUGACGCCAAAGCCCAGCAACAGGCUGCACGUCCCACGUGAAGGACGAGUUCCUGGAUCACAGGAUGGUUGCCCUCAGUCUCCAUCUCUGAACUGUGUGAGGCUGGAGGAGAUCACCAUGAAGCUCAGGAAGAUAUCUGGAAAUCUGGGCAUCAGCAUCUCAGGUGGUGUAGACACCAACUUACCCGGUGGAGGAACCUUCAUCACCAGCCUUGUUCCAGGAGGAGCUGCUGAGCGAGAUGGACAUUUACAUAAAGGUGACAGAAUUCUAGAAAUUGAUGGGAUUAGCUUCAGUGGCUUCACCUACCAGCAGGCUGUGGAGUGUUUGAGUAAAACUGGGGAGGUGGUCUGCUUCGUAGUUGAGCGGGAGCCAACCAACUUACCCAAAGUUUCCGUCAGCACUGACAACAGUAGUUGUGCAUCCAAUCAAAGCCUCAGUCGAACCAGCAGCAACCAGAGACACAACAGCUGCUCGUCCAUCAGCAUGCCUCUAAACUCAUCACCUGACCAUCCCAGAGACUACAGCUUUGUCUCUGAUGAAAACGUCCAGGAGGUGACACUGACCAAGAACACCAGUGGUCUGGGAUUUAGCUUCCUGAUGUGUGAACUGGACCCUCCCACAAAGGAAUUUACAAGCCUGGUCUGGAUAAAGCAUCUUUUUCCUGGACAGCCAGCAGAGCAGAGUGGCAAAAUCCAAGAGGGAGACGUUCUGUUGGCCAUCAACGGCCAGCCACUGAAGGAGCUAUCCUAUGCAAAAGUGCUAAAGCUGUUCAAGACGUCACCACCCGAAGUCCAACUAACGCUCUGUCGGCCACCAGCAGGGAUUCUUCCUCCUCUGCAUCAGUUCAUUGGCACAUGAAAGAUCACAGAAUACAACACGGCGACAACGUUGGUGGAUGUUUAGAGGCAACAGUGCAGCAAUGAAGACUGAUGACAUCACAACUGGUCAGAUCUUGAAGAGAGCCUCCAGCACAACAAGACUAGCUGCCAGCUGCAGCUGUGUGAGGGGAAACACCUCAUUUAGAUACAAAAUCGAUUACAGGCACUGAAAGAAGAUGACAACUAAACUAAUCCAAGGGAGGACUGUGUGGAUUUUAUUUAGAGGAAGCUUUCAUCACAUUUCUGCUUUUCAGUACCUUUUCUUUUUCCUUCUAAUGAACUCUCAUUAAAUAAACACAAUCCUCAUUUUCUCACCAAAUGCAAAGCCAUUAAACAGAGCCUGACCUGAGUACGGAUGAUCUGUGUCCAAACACCUAUCUAGUAGGUGGACAAAUGAGGCAGCGUACACACACUCACACAUACACACCUCCCUGCGUGAAGAGCCAGCAGUGGCCCCUCGUAAACAAGGGGUUCCUGUAUAGUCGGUGAAAGUCAGCGGUGCAUCUGGUUCCCAUCAGCGUUUGUGUUCCCUUUGCAAAUGAUCCCAAAUGUUUCUAAUUAUGCCAUUGCAGUGGGCACGAGGCUGUGUGUGUGUGUGUGUGUGUGUGUGUGUGUGUGUGUGUGUGUGUGUGUGUGUGUGUGUGUGUGUGUGUGUGAGUGUGUGUGUGUGUGUGUGUGUGUGUGUGUGUGUGUGUGUGAGUGUGUGUGUGUGUGUGUGUGUGUGUGUGUGUGUGUGUGUGUG